GCGGAGGAGCCACAGCAACAGCUCCCGCAGCCUCGGUGGAGGAGACGCCGCCUCAGAGCCCGGUUUCCACGACGCCUCGGCGCGCGCGGGGGAGAGUGUAGCCGGCCUGUGGGGCGAGUGGGAGAGCAACAACAGCCCCGGGCAAAGCGCCCGAGUCAAGCUUGAGAGCGGCGCUGGCGCUGGGGUUGAAGGCGGCGGCGGCGGCGGCGGCAGAAGCCCCCGCGCACAGGUCGCCAGCGCGGACAGCAGCAGCAGCAGCAGUAGCGGCAGCGGCAGCAUCUGGCGCUUCCUAGCCACACGCGCCCACCUUCCUCCGCACAGGCACCUCAGAAAAAGCUGCUUAGACAAUCUAAUGGACGAAGAUGAAAAAGACAGGGCAAAGAGGGCUUCACGUAACAAGUCUGAAAAGAAGAGGCGUGACCAGUUUAACAUUCUCAUCAAGGAACUCAGCUCGAUGCUUCCAGGAAACACUCGGAAAAUGGACAAAACAACAGUUCUGGAGAAAGUGAUUAGCUUUCUUCAGAAACACAAUGAAUUCUCAGCGCAGGCAGAAAUCUGUGAUACUCAGCAGGAGUGGAAACCUUCCUUUCUCAGCAAUGAAGAAUUUACCCAGUUGAUGUUGGAGGCAUUAGAUGGGUUUGUUAUAGCUGUUACUACAGAUGGAAGCAUUGUGUAUGUUUCUGACAGUAUUACCCCUCUUCUUGGACAUUUACCAUCUGAUGUUAUGGACCAGAAUUUGUUAGAUUUCCUUCCAGAACAAGAACACUCAGAUAUUUAUAAAAUCUUAUCAUCUCAUAUGCUUCUGAUGGAUACUGUGUCAUCAGAUUACUUAAAAUCUGAUGAUGACUUGGAAUUUUACUGUCAUCUUCUGAGAGGAAGUUUGAAUCCCAAAGACAUUCCAACAUAUGAAUACAUAAAAUUUGUCGGGAACUUUCUGUCUUACAGUCAUGUGCCUAUAUCCUCUUAUAAUGGCUUUGAUGGUGCUGUUCCAAGAGGUUACAGAACACCACUAGGAAAACAAGUCUGCUUUGUUGCUACUGUUCGGCUGGCAACGCCUCAGUUUUUAAAGGAAAUGUGCAUAGUGGAAGAACCUUUAGAGGAAUUUACUUCAAGACACAGUCUGGAAUGGAAAUUUUUGUUUCUGGAUCACAGAGCACCACCAAUCAUAGGAUAUUUGCCUUUUGAAGUGCUGGGUACUUCUGGAUAUGAUUACUAUCACAUAGAUGACCUACAGCUCUUGGCACGGUGCCAUGAACAUUUGAUGCAGUUUGGCAAAGGGAAGUCUUGCUGCUAUCGGUUUCUGACCAAAGGACAGCAGUGGAUCUGGCUGCAAACACAUUACUAUAUCACCUACCACCAGUGGAACUCCAAGCCUGAAUUCAUCGUAUGUACCCACACAGUAGUGAGUUAUGCAGAUGUUCGAGUGGAAAGGCAACAGAAUUUGAUACUGGAAGACACACCUUCAGAGAUCAUCUCUUCCGUGCUAAAGGACAGUGGCUCGGAUUUGGAUUCCCAACAGCACUUUAACACACUUGAAUUAGGUGUGCCGAUUCUCAACACAGGUCGCACACUUUCUGUGUCUUCUCAAGGCUCACACAAAUCUCUGCCUACAUCCUUAUCCAGCACAGCAACCACAACAACAAAGCCUUUCCCAGAGUCUCCCUCCUUGCAAAGAACCUCCCCUGUAGUAGAGCAAGACUUAACAAUGCAGAGAUCCAGCCAGCCUGCCACUGCUCAGCUCUCAGAUCAUUUUAGCAUGUUCCAAACGAUCAAGGACCAACUGGAGCAGCGGACUCGCCUACUGCAAGCCAAUAUUCAGUGGCAGCAGGAGGAGCUGCAGAAAAUCCAACAACAACUCUGUCUGGUGCAGGAUUCCAACAUACAGAUGUUUUUACAACAGCCAGCAGCACCUCCAAGUUUUAGCAAUCUGCUGCAGACAGGAACUCAGGGGAAGUCAGUGGAUGGUUUGCAGCAGCAACAGCAACAAGAAGUUGUUUCAAGACCUCACCUUCAAGGGCAAGUUGUACCUUCUCAGGCAGCAGACCGUCAACUGUUAAGAGAAGAGAAUGUCCUAUCUAGCCAGGACAAGAACUCAGCGAGAACUUCUCAAGGGAUGCAGGAGGGUUGUCAUUCUUCCAGCAGUUUACAAUUAAGCAACACCUCUGUCCUCCCACAGUCUUUGAGUAUAGCUCCAUCUCCUGCCAUUCUACAGGAUAGCAACCACCAGCAUAAUACUCCAGAUUUUGGUCAUGACCGGCAGUUGAGGCUUUUACUCAGUCAGCCUAUUCAACCAAUGAUGCCUGGAUCUUGCCAUGCAAGACAAUCAUCAGAAGUUGAUGCAACUGGACACCAGGCAAAAGUGGACUGUGCUGCAACUUCAGUGUUUAUUCACAAGGCCUUGGCUGAAAGAAGUUAUGACUGUUCUUUCGACAGGUAUUCUCAAAGCCUACAAGCAUUCGAAAGUUUGGAAGUGCAGUCAUCUGGCACUAGUACUCCUAUUGUGCUGAUGGGACAAGCGGUAUUACACCCCAGAUUCCUGGCAGCCCAGCCUUCCUCUCAGGCUUCAUCUUUGCAACCUAUGCAUCAACAGCAAUGCUAUCUUGAGGUGGAAUCUGCAGGGCCAUUGCACAGUGAGCAGCUGGAUUCUCUGCUCCUACCUUCAUUUUCCCCACCGGAUGGAAGAGUAGAGUAUCACCAUGUGCAGCAGCAGCAACCUGCCAUCAGGAGAGCCAUCAGCUUGCCUGAAUCCUCAAACGUGCAACAAAGUCUGCAGUAGAAUCUGCUAUCACAAACAGUUCACAUUUGGCUUUAUUUAAUGGUGGUUUCGAGGGAGGAAAUGUUGAUGUUUACACGUUUUUAUUUCAAAGCUUUGUGGCUAAAGAGACAAGUAAGGGCAGAUGGAUAGUGCAAUAGGAAAGGAAGUGGAGAUAAUUUUGCAGAUGUUUGCACUAUUUUGUGACUGUACUAUGAAGACUAAUGCUAAUACAUACCAUCAUGUGGAAAUUGGCACACUAGGUGGUAUGUGUUAGUGGAAGAUUCUUCUGAAUAUUUUGACCAGAAAAUAUUCUGGGUGUUCCAAAAAAAAAAAAAAAA